AUGCUGCCCAUGAAAGAAGACACGCGGGGAGAGGACAUUUUUCAGUCUUUUAAAGACUUCAUUGACGAAACCCAGCUCCCAGUGUGCAAACUGAUAUCAGUCACCACGGACGUGCUUAUUUCACUUAUCCGAGUCGGACAAGCUCAAGUGUGUGUUUGCUUUUUGACUUUUUCACCAGUUCUGUCUGUGGAGCCGAAUUCACCUCAAAUAUUCAGAGGAGACACGGUUACACUCACAUGUAGGAUUUCAGGAGGAAAUGGACCGUACUACUGGUACAAAGAUCGUGUUUAUAGUCACAGAUCUGCUGAAAAUUACUACACUAUAAAAGUAGAUCAGAGUCACAGAUACAGAUGUUACGGGUCUAUUGCUGGAUGGUCAACGGCAUGGAGUAAUGAAGUGACUCUCUCAGUGAUAGAGAGACCAAAAGCCGUUCUGACUCUGCAGCCUGAUGGACAGAUAUUCAGUGGACAGGAAGUCACUUUCACAUGUGAAAUACGAGGACAUGCAGACACUGAGUGGAUGUACAACUGGAAUAAAGAUGGUGUCCAAAUAUCCUCCUACACUGAGAGCAGGACAUAUUCAUUCACUGCUGUAGAGUCUCUCAGCGCUAAAUACACCUGCAGCGGACGGAGAAGAAGCGACUCUCAGACCUCAGAGACCAGCAACACUGUUACACUCACUGUGUCAGAAAAACCCAAACCGACUGUGAGAGUGAAUCCUCAGAGCUCCGUCUACACUGGAGACAGAGUUACUCUGAACUGUAAUCUGCUGUCUAAUGGAUGGACUUUCCUCUGGUACAAAGAUCGAGUCCAAGUAGCUGAAGACACCAACACACUCCAUGAUACAGUCUCUAAUGCAGGAGAAACAGUGUAUCAGUGUAAAGCACGCAGAGGAAACUACGACUCAGAGCUCAGUGAUACAGUUACACUUACAGUUAGAGCGCUCCCAAAACCUGUGGUGUCCAUAAAUCCUGAUGAACUGGUGUACAGAGGAGAGACUGUCACUCUCAGAUGUGACCUACAGGAUGAAGAGGACUCUGACUGGAUCUACAGCUGGAAUAAAGAUGGUUCUGGUGUCAGUAGUGAACAGGAGUACAGAAUCAGUAGUGCUGAAACAUCUCAUGCAGGUAAAUACACCUGUAGAGGAGGAGAGAGAGGAGGCUCACACUCCUCACACACCAGUGAUGCUGUUACACUGACUGUAGCUGGACAUUCAGCUGGUACACAGAGGUUCCCUCCAGAGACAGUCAGGGUUCCCUCAGGUACAGUACAGCGCUCCUCUCAGACAGCAGCAGAGGAUCUGGAGGCUCCUACACUCUCAGUCCUGUUACUAAUUUAUUAUUGUGAUGAUUAUAUAAUUUUAUUAUCCAUGGUAUUUUUCCCUCCAGUUCUAUCAGAUGGAAAAGCUCCACUGUCGGUACUGAAGCUCCUCAGCAGUGCAGUAGCGGCCUCUCUGUAUGUGCUGGUGACCAUCAUUCUGGCAGUGAAAUGUUACAGAGCUCGAACUGACUCUGAUGAGGACAACAGACCGUACAGAGUGAUAGAAGCUGAAGCGUCUGUCUGAGUCUCAGGGAACAGACGUGAGAAAUGCGACGUGACAAAAGAAAGAACGACUCGGAUCGGGAGGUGAGGUGAACUAACAGACUGUAUAGCCUGAAGACCUAAUGCUAAGCUAUUAAUUAAUCAUUUCUCUUUCUCAUAAUUUGGCCUUGGCUGCAAUAGCCUAUACUUUAUUUUUAUUCCAAAUGUGAUCAACGUUUGCGCAAGUACUAGAUGUGUUGGUGAAUUUAACAUGUAUCAUUUUAAUAAUAUUCUGCUGAAAUGAAAGAAAUGACUUGAAAAAAGAUUUGUUCAUUUUGCUGAACGAGAUUCAAAGAUCCGAGUCAGUAAAAUGGUCCGAACUUCCUAUCACUACUGCUCACUGAAGAGCCAAAUAGAUGGAGCUGGACGUCUAGCUCCACCUCUCUUGAUCUAGUCUAGUAAUCUAUGGAUCUAGUCUAGUUUCACCUCUAUGGAUGUAGUCUAGUUCCAUCUCUAUGGCUCAUUUCGCCACCUACUGGCUGUUAACGUUAAUGCAAGCCCUUCAUUAGAUCAAACUUACCUAAAGGGGAAAAAAUGUUGAUUGUUAAUGCACGAAGGUUAGGUCAAAGUAACCAUGAGACUUGCAUGGAACUGGAGAUGCUGGCAUAGCUAAUAUUGCCUUAUCUUUCUUUAACAUUUUUCAUGAUUUCAUGAUUUUUCUGCACUGUUUCUGUGACAAACUGCAUGACUAGACUACCUUCUUUUUUCCCCACUGUAUUAAGGCUAUGUAAGCUAUUUGUGAAUUUUCUCAGUCAUGUGAUUCAUUAAUGUAAUAAAGUAUGCUCCUAAUAUACUCUUUGAUUUUAAACAUGGGAACUGAGUUACCCUU